AUAUAUAUAUGCCCUUAUAGAGUUUAGCACAUUGGGUCCACCUCCAGGGCACAGGCUGUAGCUCAUUCUGACCACUGCUCCUCUCCCAGGAAUCACUUUUAAGGUUUGUUCUUUUUUUUAAAAAAAAAAAAGGUUUUUUGGGGGGGCACCUUUACUUUCAAGUUUAAGCAAUACAAAAUGGCACCAAAGAAGGAUGUAAAGAAACCAGCGGCAGCCGCAGCACCAGCACCCGCACCAGCGCCAGCGCCAGCACCUGCACCAGCUAAACCCAAAGAACCUGCAAUCGAUCUCAAGAGCAUCAAGAUCGAGUUCUCCAAGGAGCAACAGGAUGACUUCAAGGAGGCCUUCCUCCUCUUUGACAGGACUGGUGAUGCCAAGAUCACCCUGAGCCAGGUUGGCGAUAUCAUCCGGGCGCUGGGGCAGAACCCUACAAAUGCCGAGAUCAACAAGAUCCUGGGCAACCCCAGCAAAGAGGAGAUGAAUGCCAAGAAAAUUACUUUUGAAGAGUUCCUGCCCAUGUUGCAAGCAGCUGCUAACAAUAAGGAACAGGGUACCUAUGAAGACUUUGUUGAAGGUCUGCGUGUCUUUGACAAGGAAGGCAAUGGCACAGUCAUGGGGGCUGAACUCCGUCACGUACUGGCUACUCUGGGUGAGAAGAUGACAGAAGAGGAAGUAGACGAACUCAUGAAAGGUCAGGAAGACUCCAAUGGCUGCAUCAACUACGAGGCAUUUGUAAAGCACAUCUUGUCUGUCUAAGUGGACUUCCCCAGACACCAAACGAACAAGUCAAAUUCAGAAAGACCAGAUGGCACUUGAGAUUUGCCUGAAAUUGUUGCUCAGUCUGUCACCAUCAACAUGGAAAUGGCAUAGAACUGGAUGAUGUGCCUCCAACCCCACCACUUUUUACCAGUGCGUCCAUAGGUAUCACCUCAGGGUGACUACACUUUCAUUUAAAAAAACCUGAACUUUCACCAAGGCAAGCUAGAUGGAAUAAACUACUACCAUCCAGGAUCCAUCCAUCCCAAGCAUCUCUUUCCAUGUUGUUUGCAUUGAACAAUGUAAUCUCUUGGAAAAAUAAAGCAUCAAUAAAUUCCUGUGGUCACUCUGUGGCUAUAAAG